AAAUCCGCCAAGCCUCCCUGACGCGAGGUUCUUGGUUACUCUCAAGCGCGCGCACCAUUCGGAUAUCGCUCCAGUGGCAGGAUGAGUUCUUGCAGCAGCAGAGCGCUAACCAUCCUGUCCACAGUGUUUGGGGCGUGUGGCCUGCUGCUGGUCGGUGUGGCCGUGUCCACAGACUACUGGCUGCUGAUGGAGGAAGGCAUUGUGCUGCAGCAGAACCAGAGCCUGGAGGUCAAAAUGGCCCUGCACUCCGGCCUCUGGAGGGUCUGCUUCGUGGCUGGGGCAGAGAAUGGGAGAUGUGUGGCUUCAGAGUAUUUCACUGAGCCAGAGAUAGAAAUCACCACAGAGAACACUGCCAAUAUCCUGAAAAUGGUGCGGACGGCCACUCCGUUUCCCAUGGUGUCUUUGCUCUUCGUCUUUACCGCCUUCGUCAUCAGUAACAUCGGACACAUCCGUCCCCAGCGCACCAUCCUGGCCUUCGUCUCUGGGAUCUUCUUCAUCCUCUCAGGCCUCAGUCUGGUGGUGGGCCUGGUCCUCUACAUCUCCAGUAUUAAUGAUGAGGUGAUGAACAGACCGAGGGAGCCUGAACAGUUCUUCCACUACCACUACGGCUGGUCCUUCGCCUUUGCGGCCUCCUCGUUCCUACUCAAAGAGGGGGCUGGGGUGAUGUCAGUCUAUCUGUUUAUGAAGCGUUAUGCUGAGGAGGAGAUGUAUCGCCCCCACCCCGCCCUCUACCGCCCUCGUUUGUCUGACAGCAGUGACUACAGUGGCCGAUUUCUUCAACCUGAGACCUGGCCUCCUCCCAAGAGGGGCCGAAGCGACUCCCGGGCCUCCAGCGACAUCUCCAUCCAGCUCAACCAAACCCCCCCGCAGCCCCCCAAAAACAACCCCCAGCAGAGCAACCAAGGUGGAGGCAUGGUGCCAGGCAUGGGCCCUGGAUCUGGGUCCUCAUCCGGAGCUAGCUACCAGCUGCCCCCACCAUCUGGGGCAUACAACACCCACACACUCCAGCACCAACACUCUCAUGGAAACUCCCAGGCCAUGCCCCCCGUUGCCGUGCCCCCUCCUCACUACCACACACACAUGCACAUGGGGGCCUCCCCCUGUUAGAAAAAGCCCAAUGGAAAGGGCUGCACCCCCCCCCCCACACACACACACACACCUACACACACAGACACACACACAAUAUUAUUUAUGAUUAAUAUAUUAAGAAAAAGAGAGUAGAUUUUGUAUGAAGGUGAUGACCCAGAGAGUGGACAGAGCGAUAUUAAAGAGGAUUAAUGGGGAGGAUCUAGCAUAGAGAUGGUGGAUGGGGAGUAGUGGAUCUGAGAUAGAGAGUUGAGUGUGGGGUGUAAAGGAUGUAGGAUUGAGAGAUGAGGGGGUAGAAUGGAUCUAGGAUGAAGAGAUAAGGGGCUGUAUAGGAUAAGGAUGGGGAAAGAUUAUGGAGGGGUUGCAGAGGAUGUAGGAUAGAGAGAUGAGGGGGUAGAAUGGAUCUAGGAUGAAGAGAUAAGGGGCUGUAUAGGAUAGGGAUGGGGAAAGAUUAUGGAGGGGUUGCAGAGGAUGUAGGAUAGAGAGAUGAGGGGGUAGAAUGGAUCUAGGAUGAAGAGAUAAGGGGCUGUAAAGGAUAGGGAUGGGGAAAGAUUAUGGAGGGGUUGCAGAUGAUGUAGGAUAGAGAGAUGAGGGGGUAGAAUGGAUCUAGGAUGAAGAGAUAAGGGGCUGUAUAGGAUAGGGAUGGGGAAAGAUUAUGGAGGGGUUGCAGAUGAUGUAGGAUAGAGAGAUGAGGGGGUAGAAUGGAUCUAGGAUGAAGAGAUAAGGGGCUGUAAAGGAUAGGGAUGGGGAAAGAUUAUGGAGGGGUUGCAGAGGAUGUAGGAUAGAGAGAUGGGAGGGAAUGCAGAGGGUCUAGGACAGAGAUGUGAUGAGGGGGAAGCAGAGAAAGUUAGAGAAAACUAUGAUUUUUUUUGACAGGCUGUGACAAAAAUGGGCUGAGAGGUAAAGAGGGAGAAACGGAGAGAGCAAAAGCGAGGCUGCAGCAAGUCUGCACCCACUGCAGUGCUGCAGAAACGGAUGGAUUUGUAUUCACUUUAGAUCCAACACCUGAGUGUACAUCACUAAACACUGUCUUACUCUAUCACACACCUCUACUUAAUAAGCCCCUAGAUUUAUACUGACACUCAUACAUGGACUUGGAACUAACUAUUGCCAUUAUUUCCAUUAAGACUGGAAGUAUACUGUUUAUUGUUGUAUUCUCUGGGUGUCAUAGCACUUUCAUACCAGUAGUACAUUUAUUGUCAAUUAUUAUUAUUAAUUAUAAUAAUAAUAAUAAUUUGAGCAAAAAUAAUAGAACAGUAUUCAAAUAUCUGUAAGAUUAUAAGAAUGUGGGUUAGACUUUUUGAAUACGCAUCAAAAUAAAGGUCAUGAAUCUUUUAAAUCUUCUGGGGAGAAUUGUACUGUAUGUGUAAAAUAUAUUUUAUAUUUAGCGCUAGUCUGAAUAUGCUACUAAGGGCGUUAGUAGAACAACAUUUUAAAGAUAAUAUCUUGAUGAUGUACAUAUUAUGGCAAAUAUAUAAAACUAUUACAGGAGAGGAGUAUUAGGAGAAGAGCUAUACUUAGACUAUUAAGAUGUUCACACUGACAGGUGAUGUGUAUCUACUGCCCUCUGCUGGUCAUUGUCUUACAUUGAGAGCCUUUUACAGUACUUACACAACGCUUUCUGCCUUUCCUUAUAGCCACUGAUUUAGCACAAUUCAUGCACAGUCAUGUGAAAUCAGUGAUUACUCCAAUGAUGUUCAAUGGAUGCCAACAGAAUUUGCCAUAGUAAGAACUGAAGCACAAAAUAAUAUUGAUACCAUGUAAGAUUAGGAUGGCUGACACUAUCACUGACUUUGUGAUGGAAGAGAAGAUUCGGGGUGAGAGAGAGAGACAGAGAAAGUAGAGAUAAUUUUGACACCAUUCAGUGUAAUGUUGGUCAGUGUUUGGUCAAGGUGAAACUAUCCCUGUUUUCUUUUUCUAUGGGGUGGGAUGAAGGUCAACAGUGAUGCCUAAUAUUAAUGGAAACAUUAUCCAUGAACCUUUUCCCUAUUUCCUGAUUUUCAUAACACUAUAUUUGAUAAUUAAAUAGUAGUUAUAAUAUAACUUUAAGCAGUUUUCAUACAUUUUUCUGAAAGAUGUAAAACAAAAUAAAUGAACAACAAUGAUAAAAAAUAAGGUUUAAUAUUGAUUACACUAGUUUAUCUCUCUUUUCACGGGACCCUCUGCAUUCUGUUUCCUCUCUUUUCUUCUGUAGCCUUCCUUUCCUUCUGCCUUGCUGUCCUUCACUCCAUAGUGAUUAUUACAUUUGAAUGGAGAAUUUAUUACAGCCAUUUUGUUUAUACUCCAUCCAAUUCAUCCUGACCAGUGUAGCAGUACCAGUUUGUUAAGUUAACAUUUCACUCCUUGACAGAAUAGCAAUGACUAAAUUGGGUAGAUUUUAAAUAUAUAUAUGGUACUGCUACACGAGUCAGAAAGAAUUGGAUGGAGUAUAAACAAAAUUGCUGCAAUAAAUUAUCCAU